AUGGCAUCUAACCCACCCAGCGCUUGCUGCACCCGCGGCUUCAAGCACGAGGGAAUCGCCUCGGGCGAAAUCAAGAAAAUCGGAGAUAUUCUCCGUCUCGAUGUUGGGCGCGCCAAUGAUCCAGUCGACACAUACAUCUCCCACCCCAGCAACACCGCCAACUCCAGCACCAAGGCAGACAAAGCCGUCGUAAUCUUCACCGACAUCCUAGGCUUACACGACAACAUCAAAUUCAUCGCGGACAAUUUUGCUUCCCGCGGCUACCUGGUCGUGGUCCCGGAUCUGUUUGGUGGCAAGCCCUUGACCAUGAAUGAGAUUGCCAGCGGCGUGAAUACCAGGGACUGGUUGAAAGAUCACACCCCAGACGUCGUCGACCCCAUUGCGGCUGCAACGAUCAAGUACGUGCGCGAGACGUUGGGGAUUAAGAGGGUUGGGGCGGCUGGGUAUUGUUUUGGUGCCAAGUACGCUACCCGAUUCUUGAAAGAGGGCGGGGGCCUUGAUGUAGGCUACGUCGCGCAUCCGUCCUUUGUCGUUGCUGAGGAGCUGCUGGCUAUCAAGGGUCCAUAUGCCAUUUCUGCCGCUCGCCUCCCAUGGCAAAUCACCUUGUUCAGCGGCACCGAGCACGGCUUCUCCGUCCGUGGCGACUUGAGCAACAAGGCUGUCAGGUUCGCGAAAGAACAGGCGUUUGUCCAGGCGGUUACGUGGUUUGGGGAACAUUUGUGA